AUCAAGAUUUAGAAUCAAAACCAGAAUCAUUACUACAAGGACCAUCGCCACAAGAACUAUCAUUGCAAGAAUCAUCAUCAUCAUUACAAGAACUAUCGUCUAGAGAACAAUCGCCUUGGGAACGAUCUUCUCAAGAACUAUUAUUUAAAGAACUAUUGUCUUGGGAACCAUCGCUUUAG